AUGUCUGUUCGCUUCAGCCUUGCGAAAGCUGCCUCCUUUCGACCUUGGUCCAGAAAAACUUCGACCGAAUCUGACAUUUUUACUGGGCAUUACAUGCAGGCCGACACCAGACCUGCGUCAAUAACCAGGCUUCAUACAAGUCCAGAACGACUCAGAGCAGACAGUUCUGGCUCUGGCUACCUUGACCGUGUACCGGAAGAUGGUUCUGUUGAAUUUGAUGGAAGAGAUGAAGAGGAAAAUAUUGAUGAAAUUGAUGAAGAAUUCGAGAGUCAGGGAUUGUACAGAGGAUCAUACAGAAGACUAUUGGUUUUGUAUACAUUUGUUCCCUUGUCUUUUGUGGCGUUCUUUGCUCUUCUGGCACUACUCCCGAUUUGGGUGUAUCCGCUUCAAAUAACACCAGAAUACCCUUCUGUACUGCCAUUUCCCUUUCCAGAACUCUUCGUAUCGGCGGGUCUCUGGUGUUUAUCGUAUCUGCUGAGAACGCCCAUAUUCAGUCUUUCCGUCUUAAUAUGCACCAGCUGCCGGCUAUCUCAUGGCGGCUUUUCAACAAUGCUAUCAACGGUGGCACACGCAAUCCUUUCUCUCUUCCUUCGCCUUCUCGCAAUACCUAUUCUCGUUAUUCCUCAUUACCUCGUUUACGACACUCCCACCUGGCGCGAUCCAGCCUUCAGACGUGUUUGGUGGGUUUCCUUAGGUUGGGCUGCGGUGGAGGGAAUUGUCGCUAUCAAACAAGGAUACGCGAAUAUUGCGUUAUAUCGUGAUGUUCUAGUCAAUGAUAUAUACGAGGAAGAACGAAUCAUCGAAAUCGAAGACGGCGCUACCAAACUCGGGCGAAUUUAUGGAGCCACAGACCAAAUUACCUACACUGCUGAACCUUCUCUAGCUCCUUUCGUGGUUGGCUCCAGUGAACAUACAUCUCCUGCUCAGAGUGUUCCUCUAAGAGGUCUUGCCGCCACUGCAAUUUCGGAUGCAGAUGCUUCCUCGAACUUGGAGCGUGUGCCGUUAUUACUACAGCGAGAGUCGAGGGCGUCGGAUAUCGACCUCGAAACCUCGCUCGAGUUACAGGUCGAAGACGACAUCGACCAGCUAAUGGCUGUAAGAGCGCGAGACGAACUCGGGAAAUACUACGGUAUACCUUUCAUCCGGAUACCUGCCUUUAUAUCUUGCUUACAGCGCGCCAAUGCCCUUCUAUUCUCACUAGGCGUUACCCUCAUUCUCUCUUCCGCAUACCUUCGAUCUACAAUCUCUUCCAUGUCGUGGUAUUCAAUGAAUACCGGUCCCGAUGUGCUCUCAUCGGAUAAGUAUUCAGCGCUAUACGUCAUUACCUCCGACUCUCCUUCUAUUCCUUCUCUCGAAACCUUCAUUUCAUCAGCAUGGCCUUGGUCAUCUAUUCAACUUCUUCCGGCUAACUUGAAAAAGUCAAAUCAUGUGCUCACAAUCGGCGUACCGGUUGUGACCAUCUUGCAAAUCGUACUUUCGCUUUUACAUACGCAUUUGGUGCUGCCUAAAGCUGGUGUGCACACAGUGGUGUAUAUCGGGUCAUUGGUCUCAUUAGGAGUGUUCUUCACAGGAUUGAGUGUAUGGGAUGCAUUGUCGUGA